ACGCCGUGGCCAUGGCGGCUGUCGUGGAGGAGCGGCGGGAGCCGGAGCGGGAAGGGGGUUGCGAGCACUACCGGCGGGGCUGUCUGCUGCGGGCGCCGUGCUGCGGGAAGCUGUACCCCUGCCGGCUGUGCCACGACGGCGCCGAGGAGCACCGCCUGGACCGCUUCCGCGUGGCCGAGGUGCAGUGCGCGCGCUGCCGCCUCCUGCAGAAGCCCCAGCAGCGCUGCGAGGGCUGCGGCAGCCUUUUUGGGGAGUACUACUGCGACGUGUGCCACCUCUUCGACCGCGACAAGAAGCAGUACCACUGCGGCGAGUGCGGCAUCUGCAGGAUCGGCCCCGAGGAGGACUUCUUCCACUGCUCCAAAUGCAACUUGUGCCUGAGCCUGAGCCUGCGGGGAAAGCACAAGUGCAUCGAAAAUGUCUCCAGGCAGGAUUGUCCCAUAUGCUUGGAGGACAUUCACACGUCCCGUGUGGAAGCUCGCGUUCUGCCGUGCGGUCACCUUCUUCACAAAACAUGUUAUGAAGAGAUGUUGAAAGAAGGCUACAGGUGUCCUUUGUGCAUGCACUCUGCUUUAGAUAUGAGAAGGUACUGGCGUCAGCUGGAUGAUGAAGUAGCACAAACUCCUAUGCCCACCGAGUAUCAGAACAUGAUGGUGGAGAUUCUUUGUAAUGAUUGCAAUUCCCGGUCUACAGUGCAGUUCCAUCUCCUAGGCAUGAAGUGUACAAACUGUGAAUCGUACAAUACUGCCCAAGAUGGAAAAUCCAAGCAGCCUGUGGAGUAGCAGUGCCUAAGCAACGUGCUGCAUACGGCUGGACAAGGAAGACCCUACUGUGGAAGAGGCUAUCUGUUAAAAUAAAUUGUCAGUAAACAUUCAGAGGUGUCACAGCAACAGUGAAGAUGUUCUAGUUGUGGUGCAAAGUAGUUCUGCAAGCACUGUCGUCCCCCCCUUGUGCCUGGGGCACUGUGUUGUUGGGAAGCUCCCUGCCAAGUGGAGCAGUGCCUGCUGAGGGCUGGUCCCUGGAGAGCAGAGCCCUGUAAUGCCAGAGAAGGCAGCCUGGGAAAAUAACCAGUGAGAUGCAAAAUGGGAAAGUGCUGUGAGCCGCUGCUGUCAGAGCAGAGUGCGUUGAGGGGACAGAGGUUGGGAGCUUAACAUUGGGUGGAGGUGUAGCUGUUCUGCUGUUAGGGAAAAAGUAGCUUUGAGGGCGGCCUUUUGCAUAAAGCUGACAUCUGCAAAGUUUUGCACGAGUA